AUGUCAGCAUUGAAGAUCCCACUUUUCAAAAUGAAGGACCUGAUACUGAUCAUGUGUCUCUUAGGAGUGAGUUUUGCGGUGCCGAUGUUUCCUCAGCAACCUGGGACCCCUGGCAUGGCUAGUUUGAGCCUUGAGACAAUGAGACAGUUGGGAAGAUUACAGGGAUUAAACAUGCUUCCUCAGUAUUCUAGAUUUGACUUUGGGAAAUCUUUUAAUUCUCUGUGGAUGCAUGGUCUCCUCCCACUACAUUCCUCUUUCCUAUGGAUAUGACCAAGAGAACAUGAUGCUCAACAGUUACCAGGAAUGGAUUUUGCUGGUCCACAAGGUCCCUCAAUGUUCCCAAUACCCCAUUUGAUAUCUCAAGGGCCAAUGCCACAAAAUAAACAAUCUCCACUUUAUCCGGGAAUGUUUUACAUGUCCUCUGGAGCAAAUCAAUUGAAUGCCCCUGCCAGAGUUGGCAUCACGAGCUCAGAAGAAAUGGCAGGACGCAGAGGAGGCCCAAUGGCCUAUGGAGCUAUGUUCCCAGGAUUCGGAAGCAUAAGGCCUGGCUUUGGAGGAAUGCCACCCAAUCAAGCCAUGGGCAGUGACUUUACCCUGGAAUUCGACUCCCCAGUCACUACAACCAAAGGCCCUGAGAAGGGAGAAGGAGGUGCACAAGGCUCCCCUAUGCCAGAAACCAACUCUGCCAAUCCAGAAAACCCAGCUUCCCUUCCAGAGGUACUACCUGAUGCCCACGAAGGGCUUCUUGCUUUCCCUAAGGGGCACAUUCCCAGCCUGGCCAGGGGCCCUGCAGGGCAGAGGGUCCCUCCAGCAGCUGCUGACCCACUAGUGACCCCUGGAUCAGCUGAUGCUUAUAAGGCCUACAGCGCUGACAUGACCACAACCAUGGAUCUCCAGGGAGAAGCCACCAUGGAUACCACAGCAACCGCAGACAUUCAACAAACAUCGAUGCCAGGAAACAAGGCCCAGCGGCUCCAGAUUGUACACAAUGCUUGGCAUUUCCAAGAACCCUGA